AAAGUCCUGCCCAGCUGUUUGCGAAGUUUAAGAUUUCCUGUUUCCCCUGCAGCACCGAAGUUUGCAGUGAGUCACCCGCAGUCCCGAGCGGCGAAGCGCGCAGCCCGCUUCCCCACCGCCCUGCCAGCCGCGGCCUCCCUCCCUCCCUCCCUCCCUCCCUCCUUCCCUCCCGGCCUCCCUCCCAGCCUCCGUCCCUCCCGGCCGGGCCGGGCCGAGCCGAGCCGAGCCGUGCCGCGAUGACUCCGCGCCUGCCGAGCAGCCUGCGGGCGCUGGCCCUGUGGGUGCUCGUGGGCAGCUCGCUCCCCGCCGCGCUUCGGGGGAAGGAAGCAGAAGCAGCUAUCCAGGAUUCUUCUGAAACUAUGUCACCUAUAGACAGAAAUAAGGAAAAUGGACUGCAAUUGCCCAAACUAUGCAAAUUUUGUGACAUUAAAGUAACAACCUGCUCAAACCAAUAUCAGUGCAAGAGCAACUGCAACAUCACUUCUAUCUGUGAGAGGAAUAAUGAAGUCUGCGCCGCUGUAUGGAGACGAAAUGAUGAAAAUGUGACAUUAGAAACAAUAUGCCAUGAUCCCCAGAAACCUCUCUAUGGUCACAUGUUGGAUGACACCAGUUCAGAGCAGUGUUUGAUGAAAGAAAAGAAGGACAAUGGGGGAUUGAUGUUCAUGUGUUCCUGUACAGACGAAGAGUGCAAUGAUGUUCUUAUUUUUUCUACAGAUGACCCCCAUAAGCCAGAGGAGAAAGAUGAAAUUUCCAAAGUCACAAUCAUAAGUCUUGUCCCCUUACUGGUGAUUUCUGUUGCUGUGAUUGUUAUCUUUUAUGCCUACCGCACUCAUAAGAAGAGGAAGCUUAACAAGGCGUGGGAGAAGAAUGUUAAGCCCAGGAAACAUAAGGACUGCAGUGACGUUUGUGCUAUUAUGUUAGAUGAUGACCGUUCAGACAUCAGCUCUACCUGUGCCAACAACAUCAACCACAACACAGAAUUGCUGCCCAUUGAGUUGGACAUUGUUGUUGGCAAAGGAAGGUUUGCUGAAGUGUAUAAAGCCAAACUGAAGCAAAACACAUCUGAGCAGUAUGAAACUGUCGCAGUGAAGAUCUUCCCCUAUGAAGAGUAUGCCUCCUGGAAAACUGAGAAAGACAUUUUUUCAGAUGUAAACCUCAAGCAUGAGAACAUCCUCCAGUUCUUAACAGCAGAGGAGCGUAAGACAGAUCUUGGUAAACAGUAUUGGUUGAUCACUGCCUUCCAUGCUAGAGGAAACUUGCAGGAAUACCUCACGCGGCACAUUAUCAGCUGGGAGGACCUCUGGAAAUUGGGUGGAUCCUUGGCCCGAGGGAUUGCCCACCUUCAUAGUGAUCACACACCCUGUGGUCGCCCCAAAACCCCUAUUGUGCACAGAGACCUAAAGAGUUCCAACAUCCUGGUAAAAAAUGAUUUAACCUGCUGUCUCUGUGACUUUGGGUUAUCCCUGAGGCUGGACCCUUCUCUCUCUGUGGAUGACUUGGCCAACAGUGGGCAGGUUGGCACAGCAAGGUACAUGGCUCCCGAGGUUCUGGAGUCCAGGAUGAACCUAGAGAACGUGGAGUCCUUCAAACAAACAGAUGUGUACUCCAUGGCAUUGGUCCUCUGGGAAAUGACAUCUCGCUGCAACGGUGUUGGAGAAGUGAAAGAGUAUGAGCCCCCAUUCGGCUCUAAAGUGCGAGAACACCCCUGCGUGGAAAGCAUGAAGGACAAUGUCCUAAGAGACAGAGGGCGACCCGAGAUCCCCAGCUCCUGGCUUAACCAUCAGGGCAUCCAGAUGGUGUGUGAAACCCUGAUCGAGUGCUGGGACCAUGACCCCGAGGCCCGGCUGACGGCACAGUGCGUCGCGGAGCGCUUCAGCGAGCUCAAGCACCAUGACAAGCUCUCAGGAAGGAGCUGUUCAGAGGAGAAGAUCCCUGAAGACGGCUCCGUGACCACUGCCAAGUAGCGUGCGCCCAAGAGCUCCGAAAUGGAGGGAAGUCGCUCCUAAACCUUGGCGAAGGAAGAAGUCUCGAUCGGUGCCUUGACUUGCUUCCUGGAGGACUGAGGCUGUCACUACUCCCUUUAAGCUGUGGCUCUGGACAAGGAGAUGUGUUCGUGGGAGUUAAAAGCCAGGGAGCAGGUGUCAUACCCUAGCAUUGGCUGCCGGCAUCAUGCCAUGUCAUAGGAGGAGCUAUGUAUGGUAGCACUUCCUCAGGAAAUGAGAUUUGAGAAUAGCCAAUAACAUUAUGCACUUUAUUAAUGCCUGUAUAUAACUAUGAAAUUGCUAUUUUUAUAUAUAUAUAUACAUAUAUAUAUAUAAAAUGUGUGUGUAUGUAUGUAUAUAUAUAUAUAUAUAUAUCUAUAAACAGCCAUGCUCUGAAGGAAAGAGUUUUAAAAAUGCCUCCAGAAAAUUACCUGUGCAUUAGAGAUCCCUCCCCAUUUAGGGAAAGAGCCUGGGGAGACUGGCAUAUCAGGACACUAGCAAUUGUGCACUAAGCACUCUGCCAAAAAGAUAGGAAUAAUAAGCAAUAAGAAGAUGGCUUUCGAAGUAGAUGCUGUAAGCACCCAGCUGUGGCCUGGGAGUUCACAGUUGCAGGAGCAGUCUCACAGCAGAAAGGCGGAUUUGGCUUUGCAGCUGUAACUAUGCAGUCCUGUCUGCAGCACAUUUCAGAAGGUUCAGGGAUGUCUUUGCCCUCUCGCCUUAACCCCAAAGUCCUCAGAGCAUCCCACAAUGGGAGUGUGAGGAUGUUUGGCCCCUCCUGUAUGUGUGUUUUCAUACAGAGGUCAUUAGCGUUACAUGUUUAUUGCUUUGAAUUCAUGCUGCUUGCAAGCAGGUUGCAAAAUAUCAGCAGGAUGAGAUUUCCCCUCCUCCCUUCCCCACCCCCAAACCAUACAAAACAAGACACGGCCAGCAAUAAUCCAAGCAGAUGUUUUAUAUUUGCUCUGCAUUCUGAAUGCAGGCAGUACUCUUUUUUUUUUCUCCCCUUUCCUUUUACCUUGAUUGUGUUGUUGUAAGAACAAAUACUUUUUCCAUGUACAGCAUGUCUAAUUGCUUGACACACUAUGGUCUGACUCUGUUCCAUGCUUUCUAGAAAAAAGCAAGAGACAACACCCAGUGCCUGUAUUUUUGCACAAGAACCUCAGAGCUGAGGGAAAGAUCCAUAACAUCAGAUUAAUGUCAUAUCCUGCCCUCCACACUGCUUGCAUGUAGGAUAGCAGGGCUUCUGGUCUCCAAGAUGUUUAGGAAGACAGUUGGCAUUACAUUGGACUUAUAUAAAUGACAGCAGUGUGUUUAAUAAAUGCUAACAAUUUUAUCUUCAGGAGUUUUGCAGUGAUUUUUCACUUUUUUCUUGCCCUUGGCAUGUAAGCAGGCCUUGGAAACUAGAAAUUCAGCCAGUACAGACCAGUCCUGUGCAGGACUACAUCCAGUGCAAUUUAUUAAACACCUUUGAAAGAUAAACAUUGAUAUUUUUCUAGAAGACAUUGCCAAAUAAGUCAACAGGAAUCAUGCUCAUUUAAAUGGGAGUUCAAACUUAUGACAGAAAAUAUUUUAUUUCAAAUGGUUUUGUAAGCUUUUGUUUCAUUUAAACUAAACUACUCAGAAAUACUUAAACAGAGCCAGGCGAAAUCUCAGCAACUACAGUGGAAUUCAGAAGAUGCUAUGUCGAAUUUUAGGGGGGAAAGGUGAUUCGUGUUUUUUUUUUUUAAUAAAAGCAAGAAGUGAGGGAGCUGCAGGGCCGCUGCCAUCUAGCGAGGCGCUGCCAGUGCCUGUGCAGGCCCGAAAGGAGGGCCAAUACUGACAUUUAUUUCUUUUUUUUUUUUUACUACUACAUGUAAAGAUUUUUUUUUUUAAUUCUUUUAAGGCAUACUUCACCUGUACAUCGUGUAUGAAAUAGGAAUGUGAACAAUAUAUACUCUUGUUUAUCAAAUGUUUCAAGCACUUAACUUGCUUUGUAAACAGUGGUGGUUUUUUAUUAUUUUUUGUUUUGUUUUGUAUAAAUCAAAUGUUUAUUGGAGCAAAUAAAAUAACACCAACUCA